AUGUGGAAUCCAUCACCAUUAUCAUCACUUCCCCUCAAAAUAGCAUUCAUCAUAUCUUUCUAUCUCACUGCUUCUUCUUCGUCUUACUCUCCCCCAACCUCCAACCCCCGUUAUCAUUCCAUCUCAAUUCCGAAAGUCAUCUCCAAGAAACCCUCAACGACCACCGCCACCGCUGGAGACAUACACACACUUCUUGGCACACCUCAGCAGGUUGCAUCCGUCGACCCCCAAGUUGUUGUUGAACUUCAAUCUUGCUUCAAGUUCAUUAUUCCUUUUAAUCCUACUACCAACACUCCACCUGAUUACUGUUUCAAUUUAAUAAAUCGGCUGAGUCAAUCCCUAACCGAAUCGGGAAUUCGAUUUCCGCGGCACACGUUGAAUGAUGCUGAGAGUUAUCAGAAUGAGCUUAUCUGGUCACCACCGGCACCUAUGUUGGAGAUUGCUCGACUUGCUUUUGAUUCUGGUGGUGAUCUAGGUUCUAUUCAAGGCACCCUUGAUCCCACGAUGAUCUACAUUGUGAAGGCUCAAAUGAAAAUCGAUGUGAAUUUACAAGAUAUCCUUAUAGAAGGGACUUUCUAA